UCCAACCCACCCCCUUUUCCUUCAUGUGCACGACCGGCCCACACGGAGUGACACACACCAGAGGCGAGCGCGAGAUGGCCUCAAUAUAGCGGGCGGCAUCACCUCCAUCCAACAUAGCGGCUCGUGGUCAAGUCCUUAGCGGUGGCGUUUCUACUCUCCCUCCUCCUCUUCUUGCCACCAUAGCCACUCAACACUUGUCCGACAGCUCGCGGUGACGAGGGUCGACGAGGAGGGGAGCUUCACAUCGGCUCGUAGCUCUUCGUUAUCACCGUGUUGUCGACGCCAGCAAUCAUCAUCGCAUGCGAACUUUCGUGUUGCGGAGCCACGCGGAGCCACUCUGGCUCUUCUCGACUUGAGAAUUUGCUGUCAAUAACCGGCAGCAGCAGCAGCAAGGGCAAUACCAACAGCUUUGAACACCAAAGUGAACCAUCACUUCUGCUGGUGGCGAGUCUACCGCUGUUGCUAAUGCUAGCAUAUUGCGCUGCUAGUAGUAGUGUUAGUAUCUGCUGUUAGUGCUGGUAGUAUUGUUAGUAUUUGCUGUUAGCGCUGGUGGUAGUGUUAAAAUCUGCUGUUAGUGCUGGUGGCAGUGUUAGUAUAUGCUGCUAGUGCUGGUAGAAGUGUCAGUGUCUGCUGUUAGUGCUGGUGGCAGUGUUAGUAUUUGCUGAUAGCGCUGGUGGUAGUGUUAGUAUCUGCUGUUAGUGCUGGUAGUAGUGUUAGUAUCUGCUGAUAGCGCUGGUGGUAGUGUUAGUAUCUGCUGUUAGUGCUGGUAGUGGUGUUAGUAUCUGCUGAUAGUGCUGGUACAGUAGUAGUGUUAGUAUCUGUUGAUGCGCCUGUUGGUCGUAGUAUUAGUAGCUGGUGCUGGUUAAGUAGUAGUGUUAGUAUCUGCUGUUAGUGCUGGUAGUAGUGUUAGUAUCUGCUGAUAGUGCUGGUACAGUAGUAGUGUUAGUAUCUGCUGUUAGUGCUGGUAGUAGUGUUAGUAUCUGCUGUUAGUGCUGGUAGUAGUGUUAGAAUCUGAUGUUAGUGCUGGUAGUCGUGUUAGAAUCUGCUGUUAUUGCUGGUGGUAGUGUUAGUAUAUGCUGCUAGUGCUGGUGGCAGUGUUAGUAUAUGCUGCUAGUGCUGGUGGCAGUGUUAGUGUCUGCUGCUAGUGCUGGUAGUCGUGUUAGAAUCUGCUGUUAGUGCUGGUGGUAGUGUUAGUAUAUGCUGCUAGUGCUGGUGGCAGUGUUAGUAUAUGCUGCUAGUGCUGGUGGCAGUGUUAGUGUCUGCUGCUAGUGCUGGUAGCAGCGUGAGCAGCUGCCGUGUGUGCUGGGAGUUGUCUCUGAUCCGUUCGGGAGAUUUAAAUGGUGAGCAAGAUGACUUUGGCCAGAACUGCUGCCACCAUCUGCGCGGACGUGUUCUGCAUCUUCCUGGCGUUCCUGCCGGUGGCCGUGCUCUACCUGUCGGGCGCGGCGCCGUUCCAACGCGGCUUCUUCUGCGACGACGCCACCAUCGCGUACCCGUACCGCGACAGCACCAUCAGCAGCGGCACGCUCAUGGCCGUGGGGUUCAGCCUCGCCCUGCUCAGCAUUGCGUGGGGAGAGUUUGUGAGCGUCCGUUACGGAGGUGAUCGCCCGUGCUCCUCCUCCUCCUCCUCGUCCGCCGCCUCCGCCAUCGCCGGCCCCCCGGCGAUAGCGGGGGGCCCCCUACGGGACCCCCUCGCGGCCGCGCUCUACGCACGCAUCGGCAGCUUCCUGCUGGGGGCCGCCCUGAGCCAGGCGCUGACCGAGACGGCCAAGUUCAGCAUCGGGCGCCUGCGGCCGCACUUCCUCGAUGUGUGCCGCCCCAACGCGACGGCGCUGUGGGGCGAGUGCGGCGCCCGCGUGGGCGGCCCCAACUACGUGCAGGUGGAGGUGUGCACGGGGGAGCUGCACGUCAUCCGAGAAGCCAGGAAGUCGUUCUACUCGGGCCAUGCCUCCUUCUCCAUGUACACGAUGAUCUUCCUCGCCCUGUACGUGCACGCCCGCCUGCGCUGGCGCACGGCCCGCCUGCUGCGCCCGCUGCUGCAGGCGGCGCUGCUGUUGUGCGCCGUCUACGUGGGGCUGUCGCGCGUGGCCGACAACAUGCACCACUGGGGCGACGUGCUCGUCGGCUUCCUGCAGGGCGCCGCCGUCGCCGCCUUCGUGGUGUUCUACGUGUCCGGCCUGUUCAGGAGGCACGGGGUCGCGACCUCCGCGUCACCAGACGGCCUCAAGUCCGACACGAACCUGCAGAGGAUCAGCAACAACGCGUGAGGGUGGAGCG